AUAGCAUUGGGGGGGGCUGUGGACUGGGGGGUCGCGCUGUUAGCAUCUGAAUACACCGAGCCAUGGCGGAAAGUCUGUCCGUUGUUGUUCUCCUUUUGUGUGGGACUCUGAUCCCCUUCGUUACCGCUGGUGGUGAAUGUGAGGCCUACAAAGAUGCCUAUGGCCAAUACAAAUCCGAGCAGGACUGCAGUCGUUUCCAGUGGUGCUGUGGAACGUGUGACAUGAGAUACUGCUGCAGCAGCCUGUCUCUCCAGUUGACUGAGUCAGAGCAGGACAGCUGCAAGACAGUCAGUGGCUAUGUAAGCACGUUAACCAUCUCAUCGUUCGUAGCAGCAGCUGUCAUCAUCAUGAUUAUUUUCAUCUGUUGCUGCGUGUGUCCCUGUUGCUGCUUGUACAAAAUGUGCCGGAGGCCCAGACCGGUGAUGGCGACGACCACCCACACCACAGUGGUGAACACCCAGUACCCCCAGCAGCCGCAGCAGCCCCAGUACCCCCAGUACCCCCAGCAGCCCUACCAGGGUGCCCAGUACCCAGCCUACCAGCCGAUACCCGUCCAGCCUGGGUAUGGGGCUCAGCCUCAACCUGGCUACGGAGGUGGCCAGCCCAUACCCACAGCACCAGGCUACCAGGGACAGCCCUUCCAGCCAGGACCACCCCCUCCCUACCAAGAGACUGGUCCAGCAUAUCCUCCUGCCAUUCCAGUGCCUUAUAGUCAGGCUGGUUUCAGUCCAGGACAGCCGUCCUACCCCAUCCAGCCUCCAGCCCAGCAGCCAUCCUUCCCAGCCCAGGCUAGUGCGCCUCCCACCCAGCCCGCCUACAACCCUGCCUUCGUGGACUCCCAACCUCCGAAGACUGGCUACUGAAGCAGUUCUCCCUCCCUCUCAGUCUCCAUCCACCCUCUGUCUGUCUGUCUGUCUGUCUGUCUGAAGCCAUACAUCCAAUCAUGAGCUUAUAGAGCUCACCUGGGAGAGAACUGAACUGUUUGCGUCGCGUCCCAAAUGGCACCUUAUUCUCUAAAUAGUGCACUACCCUGGUCAAAAAUAGUGCACUACACAGGGAAUAGGGUGAUAUUUGGGAUGCAUUCCUAUAUACGUUGUUAGGGCCAGGUUUAUUAUUAUUAUUAUUACUGUCUAAACAAACAGCAAAAGGGAAUCCUCAUGUAUUUCUGUGCCCCUGUCUUUCAGACCCAACCCAAAACUGACCUGCGUUGUACGAUGACCUAAAAGUAGUUUUGUGGUUUAAAAACCUUUUUGCACUGUAGUUGAAUUACGAAGAAGACAGCCAAGAAUCAAACGUCUGAAUCCUCGUUCACACAAUUAUGAAAUAUACGUAAAUGUACUUCAGUGGUAAAACGUAUGUCCUAUUAAAAUUCAACCUAUCCUCUCUCGUACAGAAACUAGAUGCAAGAAACAGUUGUGCCUUUUAAUAAAAAAAAUUUACCACAAAUUCUUGGUUCAACCAAAUGAUAUUUCUGUUGGUUUUUAAUUAAAACGAUCAGUUUUUUUUAGACAUUUAAAGCAGUGUUGACCUUCAUAUGUCCGUCCCAAAUGGCACCAUAUUCUCCAUGUAGUGCACUGCUUUUGACCAGAGCCCUAUGAACUCUGGUCAAACGUAGUGCCCUAUGUAGGGAAUAUAGGGUUCCAUUUUGGACGCAACCCCAUUUCUAAGAAUGUUAAACCUCCACAAUUUUAAGCCCUGUUGUUUUUCCAUUGAUGCUGUGAGAUCAUGUAAAAGCAUUCUGAACCAAGCCUUGCAGGUGAACCAACGCUGAAUUGAAACGCUACCAGCCUUCAAAAAUGAAAUGUAAAUCCUUCAAAUCUUUUUUAUUUGUAUUUUCUAUGAGUGACCUCUUCUCUGUUGAUACCGUUCCCCGUCUGUAAUGGCACCCUAUUCCCUAUAUAGUGCACUACUAUUGAGGUCCUAUGGGCCCUGGUCAAAAGUACUGCACUAAAUGGGGGAAGCCAGAUGUGGUUAUCCAUGUUGUAUCUGUGAAAAGCCGUGUCCAGAAAGGCCACAUUGUGGAAUGAUCAGAAAUGUUGUGUAGAACCAUAGAUGCUUCUGGUAUGUUAGGAGUGAAGAAUCAUGUCAGGCCCAGAGGUCCAGAGUUGAGUUUGAGUGAUAUAGAGCCCCACAGUGGAUGUGUCAUAAUACCCAUAAAACCUAGCGGUCA